AUGUCUCUGCUCGGCCUUCCCAACGAGCUGCUCCUGAUGAUCGCUGAGCAGAUGUCCUCAAGUAAAGACAUCAACGCCAUGGCUCAGGCGGAUCGCUUUACUUACGCCCUGUUGAAUAAAUAUCUGUACGACCAAAACAUCCGCAAGUCUGGCAGCUCCGCCCUGCUCUGGGCCGCCAAGCAUGGGCAGCUUGGAACAGCCCAGCGCCUCAUCAAAGGUGGGGCAAAUAUCGAGACCUACCCUGGGCCCCUGUUCCAGCGCCCUCUCCACGUCGCUGCCACCUAUGGCAAUGUUGAGGUCGCCCAGCUCCUGGUGGACCAUGGAGCUAAGAUCACCUUUCUCGACGGCCACUUCAAGACUGCCUUGCACCAUGCCGCAGAGAAUGGACAUGCGGCCAUAGUCCAAAUGCUCCUGAGACACGGGCAUCUGUUGAUGGAGCAGACCAAUCACCUGUAUGGGCAUGCUGAGAUCGUCCGUCUUCUGCUCGCAGCAGGAUGUAAGGUCAAUGUCACCAAAUUCGGGACCGGAGAGACCGCCCUACACUUGUCCCUGGAACAUUUCAAGCACCAAAUCCGCCACAAGGGCAAGGGCAAGAAGAUCUCGGUCAAGAAACGAGAUGCAAGAAAGGCGAAGACUGCGGUUCUGCUCAUCGAGCACGGGGCGGACGUUCGAGCUCUUCCAAGGUCGAACAAAACCCCCUUGGAACUGGCAAUCCGAGUCAGUUACGUGGACGUCGUUCGGCACCUGCUCAAAAAGGGUGCGAGUCCCAAUGUUCGCGUCAGCAUCAUUUAUUCAAACCUUCCUCCGAGCCCUACCUUCCCUUUCUCUACAUACACUCCACCCACUACGACUAUCAUGGAUCUGGCAAAGAGCUGUGGUAAUAACGAAAUCAUCUAUCUCCUACACGAUGCACAGAACAAGAUGUACGCGACCAGCAGAAACACCCUAUAA